UUGUGAUGAUCGGGGAUUUGUGUACGGAUGUAUUACGGAGCCCGUUAUGUCUAUAGAACAAUAAAGAAGACGCUACCGAUGGCACGUGACACCACAGAGAUUUUAAUUUUAUUUUACAAACAGUUCGAUUUUAUGUAUACCAUGUAGACUGGCAGACGCAAGAUUAAUAAAUAAUUAAAAUAAAGGACUACAGGAAGACGCGCGCGCUAUUGAAAGUUUCAUCGUCCUGCGCGCUCUCGUCGCGUGGCGCCGAGUUGAGUUCACCGGGGUCUCGCGGAACGGCGGGAAUACUCCGUAACGGUUCCUCGGCGGAUGUGCUUUAAAUUUCCGUCGAGAACGGAGUUCAUUUCGGAGCUGUAGUUAGUCUGAAAUGUGAGCCCGUUACCGGAUUCCGAGGCUGUGGAAAGCGAAAUGACAGCUCGGUUCGUGCUUGAGGAGGGGUCAGCGGUCUCAUGUCUGAGGUCAUUAAAGUGCUGAAUUCACAGUGCAGCCCACAGAUGCAUUAGAAAACAAACUUCAUCACCAGAAGGCUUGGAGACGAAGCACUCCUGUUCAUGGAGGGCCGCUGGACCCUGCUGCUGUUUCUGGGGGCGUACCUGGUCCUCCUGGCUGCUGAGACACGCUUGAUUACAGGCCAAGGCAUUUACACCAACACGUGGGCUGUCCACAUUGAAGGGGGAGCCGAGGAGGCUGAGAAGAUUGCACACAAACAUGGUUUCAUCAGUCACGGGCAGGUUUUCGGGGAUUAUUAUCAUUUCCAACACAGGGGUGUGGUGAGGAGAUCUUUGUGGGGCCAUUGCGGGGUUCAUGUCCGACUACACGCCGAGCCACAGGUGAUUUGGGCAGAGCAGCAGAUUGCCAAGCGAAGACACAAGAGAGACAUUCAUAUUGAACCCACAGAUCCAAAAUUCCCCCAGCAGUGGUACCUGUACAAUCCCAGUCAUGGAGACCUGAAUGUGAAGGAGGCCUGGGCUCAGGGCUUCACAGGAAGAGGAGUGGUCGUGACCAUUCUAGAUGACGGCAUUGAGAAAGAUCACCCUGAUCUAGCAAGAAACUAUGAUCCCGACGCCAGUUAUGAUGUGAAUGACAGAGAUCCAGACCCUCAGCCCAGAUACACACAGCUAAAUGACAACAGACAUGGGACACGUUGUGCCGGGGAGGUGGCGGCAGCAGCAAACAAUGGCGUCUGUGGAGUGGGUGUGGCCUACAAUGCCAAAAUCGGAGGUGUGCGGAUGUUGGACGGAGAGGUAACAGAUGUUGUGGAGGCUCAGUCUCUGAGCUUGAACUCCCAGCACAUCCACAUUUACAGCGCCAGCUGGGGCCCAGAGGAUGAUGGGAAGACAGUGGAUGGCCCUGCCAAACUGGCCAAAGAAGCUUUCCUGCAGGGGGUUACUGAGGGUCGAGGUGGACUGGGCUCUAUCUUCGUGUGGGCAUCAGGUAACGGAGGGAGAGAGCGGGACAGCUGUAACUGUGACGGAUACACCAACAGUAUCUACACACUCUCCAUCAGCAGCACCACACAGUAUGGCAAUGUGCCGUGGUACAGUGAGGCCUGUUCCUCCACCCUCGCCACCACCUACAGCAGUGGAAACCUCAACGAGAAACAGAUUGUGACAACGGACCUGAGGAAGAAGUGUACAGACUCGCACACGGGCACGUCCGCCUCGGCUCCCCUGGCCGCUGGAAUCAUCGCUCUCGCUCUGGAGGCCAAGUGAGUGAUGACAACAAUGACACCUGUCUCUACGGACAGACAUACACACACACGCUCUACGCACUCCUGCCCAUCAUUCCCCCUCAUCGGUUAGACUUCAUUACCCCUUGUGCAUCAUCUUCAGCCCUCUGACAUCGCCUUGACAUUGCUCAUCCCAAAAAAUGAAGGAGAGAUUGAGAGAAAUGGGUGAUGACUGCCAGUCAACACUCCUCGUUCAGGGGACGAUUGACCCCAUGGCCCAUAUACAACAUCAAGUCAUCAUGCUCGAU